CGGGUGGGGACCGCUGACCAGUUGAGAGCCGCCGGUGGCUGGCCCAUGGCGGCGCCCGAUCUGCGGGCGGAGUUGGACUCGCUGCUCCUGCAGCUGCUCAGAGACCUGGAGGAGCUGGAAGUGAAGCGGGGGGCGCUAAAUGCUCGAGUGGAGGAGGGCUGGCUCUCGCUCGCAAAGGCUCGCUAUGCAAUGGGCGCCAAGUCGGUAGGGCCCUUACAGUAUGCCUCUCGCAUGGAACCCCAGGUCUGUGUGUGUGCCAGUGAGACCCAGAACGGACUCCAGACAUUCAGGGUGGUGAGAGCUGACGCUCAGACUCCAGAAGAGGUGGGGCCCCGCGAGUCAGCUUUGCGCAGGCGCAAAGGCCCUACCAAAACUCCAGAGCCAGAGCCCUCUGCAGCCCCACAAGACCCCUUGAACUGGUUUGGAAUCCUGGUUCCUCACAGUCUGCGGCAGGCCCAAACCAGCUUCCGGGAAGGCCUACAGCUAGCUGCAGAUAUAGCCAGCCUCCAGACCCGUAUUGACUGGGGUCGAAGCCAACUCCGGGAGAUCCAGGAGAAACUCAAGCAGCUGGAACCUGGGGCUGCCUGACCUGUGUUCACAGAGGCAGGCACUCAGUGCAGCUGUUCAUGGAUGUGGCUGUCUUUUCUCAGGCAUUCUUCCUUCAUAAAUAGCUCCUGCUCCAACCUCCACUCCAGCUUAUGUCCCUCCUUAAAAUGUCAUUGGUCUUCAUGUUUUUGACUUUGUUAGGUGUGAAGUUCAAAGUUUUUAAUCCUACGUUCACAAUAUGAGAUGUAAAUAUUUCUUCCCAAACUUAGUAAUAUUGAAAGUUGCCUUCUUUGGAACCACUUUUAGGCCCAUGUUCUCAUAGGACAACCCUCCCCAUCCCCCAACAUUGCCCCAAGAGCAGGUAUAUGGCUGUUCAUGUUAGUGAACAGUUGAACAACCUCAUAGAUUAGCCAACUGUAGUGUCAUUCCUGGAUGAUGAAACACUGCACAAACAGUGGCAGGGAAGGAUAAGAGGUAGUGCUUCAGGGUCACCAGAUCCAACUGACUUGGAUAGAAGAAAAGAUGACCAACAUACCAGGACAAUGUGAUUCGAGUUAAUAAAAAUACAAACACCUACUUGGGUGUGAUGUGUGCCCACCUGUUGUCCUAACUACUUGGGAGGUUGAGGCAGGAGGAUCACUUGAGGCCUUGAGUUUGAGACCAGCCUGGCAACAUAACAAGAUUCUGUCUCAAAGACAAAAUAAACAUGAGUAGAUGGGUAGCCCUUAGCAGGGUCUCAACCAGGAAGUGAAAAAGGUUUGGCCUAGAUUUUCAAGGGAUGUUUAGGAAGAGACUGUCUAUGUUUCAAAAACCUGCCUUUAUCUUCAGGAGUGAGGCAAAGACUUUCUUCAUUUGUUGAAGGGCCAGUUGUGUUUCCUGUUCUGGGAACUCUGUUUCACUUUUCUUCCAGGUGGUUUAUCUUUUUAGCAUUAUCUAGGGGUUCUUUCUGUUGUUGUCUUUUUGUUUGUUUGCCAGGGGUGGGGGAUAGUGGUAUGUAAUCCUUUGUUCAUAAUGUGAGAUGUAAAUAUUCUUUCCCAGUUUGUCUUUUAACUUUGUGGUGUUUUUUUUUUUUUUUUCAGUUUUUUUAUUUGUAAAAUAAAACUACAUCAAUUGUAUGGAAUAAUAAUGAAAGAUUGACGUGAGAACCUUAUUCAAGCUCUUAUGUUUCUUUUAUCAAUUUUAAAGUAGAAUUGAAUGUAUCAGCUAGCUAUUAGGAUUUGGGGAUUUGGGUUUGUAAUUAAUGUGACAAUAGGGAAAAUAUCUGGUGUUUUCAUAAACUUGUGGGUUCACUGGGGUUUGAAGUAAAUCCUGUGCCCAACUUUUCCGUGUGCAUACAGUGUUAAUCAAUCCACCCUACUCCUAAUUUGAGAUACCACCUUUUCUUUUGCAUGUGACUAGUGUAAAUAGGAAUUUUAAUUUUGGAGCUGC